AUGGUUAUUGACACCCCUGCCGAACCAGCACCGAAUAAUAAAGGCGUAUCGAAAACGACCGGUUCACCUUCAGACUCGAAAAUGGACGAUUCGAAGGAUCUUGAGUUUCCAAGCAGUUCCUCAUCCUCCUUGCAACAAGCAUCCGGAGGUCCUCAGAGAGUGGGUACCUACAUCAUCGAGAGGACCAUUGGGAAAGGCAACUUUUCGUUUGUUAAGCUUGCUCGUCAUACAGUUACAAAUGUCAAGGUUGCAAUAAAAAUUAUCGACAAAACCAAACUAAACGAGGAGAAUUUAAAGAAGGCUCAACGCGAAGCGGAUAUACUCAAAUCCCUUCACCAUCCAAAUAUUAUCAAGUUGUAUCAAGUUAUGGAAUCUGAGAAACUUUUGUGUAUCGUCACCGAAUACCUUCCCAAUGGUGAACUUUAUGAGUACAUAGCAAAGAAUGGCUACUUGAAUGAACAGGUGGCACGACACAAGUUUAUGGAAAUCCUUUCGGCGGUGGAACACUGUCACCUAAACAACGUCGUUCACAGGGAUUUGAAGGCAGAAAACAUGCUUUUAGAUCAGCACAUGUCCAUUAAAUUGGCCGACUUUGGGUUCGGGACCUUCCAACCAACUGGGCCCGAUCUUCUACUGACCACAUGGUGUGGCAGUCCUCCCUACGCAGCACCGGAGAUCUUCAAGGGUGAACCCUAUCUGGGUGUAUCAGCGGAUAUCUGGAGCCUUGGAGUGAUCCUUUAUGUUCUCGUCUGCGGUGUGUUGCCAUUCAAUGCUCAAGAGGUCUCGUGUCUCCGACGCCAAGUCCUUGAGGAACACGUCAGGGUACCCUACUGGCUUUCGAUGUGUAAGUCUCCCCUCUCCCUCUCUUCAUCCUCCAACUGCUCAGUUGAACUCCUUCGUUUUCAUAAUUGA